GUUGUCUUAUAUAUGGAACCCUAAAUAUAAACAAUACGAGUAACAAAGGGGAAGAGAAAGAAUAUGAGGAUUUUGAAGAAGAGAAGAAGACGAGAGAGAUCCAGAGAUGAUAAUAGAUUACAACCAAACCAUAUUCCUCUUGAUCUAACCUUGGAUAUACUCUCAAGACUUCCUGCCAAAUCAAUCGUGAGAUAUCAAUGUGUCUCAAAGCUGUGGUCUUCUUCUAUCAAACUUCCGAGUUUUAUAAACUCGUUCACCGCUCGGUCCACUUCACGAUCGCCGACUCUUCUGGUCACCAUCUCAUCAGGUUCACGAAAAUAUGUUUUCUCGUUUCCUCAACACCAUAUUCCUGACGGGUCGAUUUGUUCUCCAUUCUAUAGUUAUCAAAUAACAAACCUAGAUCAUUCCCGAUCAGACAGCAUCCAUGGAUUGAUUUUAACAUCGUUAUUGAAGAUUUGGAACCCAACCUUGAGACAGUUUUUAGCGUUACCACAUCCUGAUAAAUGCAGCUUGAGUCGAAACGGGUCUUAUAAUUCAGAUUUGUCAUCUUAUUUGGGCUACGAUCCUUUGGAAGGUAAACACAAAGUAUUGUUCAUGUCGACAAUAGAAUGUACUGAUCAGCCACGGGUUCUUACAUUGGGAGCUCAAGAAUCAUGGAGAAUAAUAACCAAAGGACGUUGCCCUAUGCAUCGCCCAUGUGGAGAUGGGCGAUGCUUCAAUGGUAUUCUGUAUUAUAUAGCUUGCCUUCUUGAUGAUAGUCAUUGUAUCAUAAUGAGCUUUGAUGUCAAAUCUGAAUACUUCAAUAUUAUAAACUAUCCGGAGGGUCGCUUUUGUUCCCCGUUUCAUAUGAUAUCCUAUGAAGGAAGGCUAGCUUUAGUUACUUAUGAUCAUCCGUAUGAUUAUGUUGAACUCGAUAUUUUGAAAGAUGCGAAUGGACACAUAUGGAGACGUGAACGCUAUGUUCUUCAUUUACCAUAUGAGAGCAUACGGAGGGACUUGAUACGUUUCGUGGGUACGACAGAUGUUGGUGAGUUUGUUUUUGCUCCGUAUGUUAUCAAUGAAGCCUUUUAUAUUAUAUAUUUCGAUCCGAGGAGAAACAGUACUAGAAAAGUACUUUUUGGAAGAAAUUCGGAUGAGUUUAGACGCCGUUGUGGAUUUGAUAGCAACGACUACUUCAGCAUGGAAGUUUACCCAAAUCACAUCGAGAGUCUGUUUUCUUUAUAGAGUACCACCUUCGGUGCUUAACGCUCUCCAGUGAUUUUCUUAUGUACCUUGAUGUUCGUCAAUGUUACUUUGUUCCUUUUGAUUCACUGAGUUCAUGUCUAUGCGUUACUUAGAUUUUCUCUUAUGCUAUUUCUUACUAGGAUUUUGCAUUAGAAUACUUAUUCAACGAUUAAAGGGGAUACUAAUUGCUUCAAUGAUUCUAUAACAAUGGGAAUCACCUAUAGAUUAAUGAUUCUUAAUUAUCUUCUCCAGCAAUUGAGAUCUGAAUUAAUUAUUAUCUUCUAAACACACAGCUUGAGUUUCCUGAAUCCACAGUAAUUAAAUAUAGUAUAUUGA